AAUUGCCUCCUGGCCAGGACACAAACAAACCAUGGGAUUAACUUUGCCCUGUGCAAGCGUGCCAGUUUGUAGCUGUUAGUCAGUGAGAGCAUUUAAUCCAGUCAGCCUGGGAGGAGCUGUGCCUGCAGACAUGGGAGCCAAGCUGCUCUGCCUCUUCCUUGCCUCUGUCCUCCUUGCUUACUAUGUCUACACCCCGAUCCCUGAGGACUUUGAGGAGCCCUGGAAACUGAUGCUCAUCACGGCUAGCUUCAGGGCCAUAGGGCAUCUGGCUGAGGUUGCUGAUCGGCUGGGUCUGAUGCACUACAUGGAAGUUCUGAUGCUGAUCACAGCUGCAGAGUACGUUGCGCCCAUGUCUGAUGAAAAUGUUACAGUGAUAGACACAGAGUUCAGCAACAUUGCUGUCCGUCUGUACCUGCCCCAAAAGGCGUCUGAUGGGCUGAGAAGGGCAGUCAUCUACUUCCAUGGUGGAGGAUGGUGCCUAGGACAGGCAGGCAUGAAAUCCUAUGAUCAUCUGACAAGGUGGACUUCAAACAGGCUAAAUGCUGUCGUGGUAUCAGUCAGUUACAGGUUGGCACCUAAAUACCAUUUUCCUGUUCAGUUUGAAGAUGUGUAUUCCGUAACGAAGUUCUUCCUCCAGAGCAGCAUCCUCUCCCAGUAUGAGGUGGACCCAGAGCGGGUCUGUGUUGCAGGAGACAGUGCAGGUGGCAAUUUAGCUGCAGCUGUGGCACAACAGCUGUUAGAGGACACUGAAGUGGAAACUAAACUCAAAGCCCAAGCUUUGAUUUACCCUGCUCUUCAAACCCUUGACCUAAAUUUGCCGUCUUACCAAGAAAACAAAAACAAGCUCAUUUUACCCAAGUCACUCAUGGUCAAGUUCUGGAGUGAGUAUUUUACUUCUGAUUCAUCCCUCAGGGAAGCGAUGGCCUCCAACAGGCAUGUCCCGGUCGAAUCGAGCCACUUGUUUCAGUUUGUAAACUGGAGCAAUUUGCUGCCUGAAGAGCUGAAGAAAGAUCAUGUUUACAGCAGUCCCACCUAUGGCAGCUCUGAGCUUGCACAGAAGUACCCAGGAUUUCUGGAUCGGAGGGCAGCCCCAUUGCUGGUGAGUGAUGCCCAGCUGCACCGGCUGCCCCUCACCUAUAUCCUCACCUGCGAGCACGACGUUUUACGGGACGAUGGAGUCAUGUAUGCCAGGCGCCUCCAGGCAGCAGGUGUUCCUGUCACACACGAUCACAUCAAGGACGCCUUUCAUGGAGCGAUCAUGUUUGUCUCUGGUCCAGCGGAGCUAGCUGUAGGGCACCGGUUGUUGAACAGAUAUAUUGAGUGGUUAAACGAGAAUCUAUGAGUUGAAAAUAUUGCUCUAGUGUGUCUGGCUCACAGUCCCUGGCUGUGACUGAGGAGCGUAGGAAAGCAGGAGCUAUGUGAGCUUGUGGGUGUGAUUGCAGUCUUCAUUGUGUUGCCCUGCAGUAUCUGGACUGCAGCGUUUUUUAUCUUCUCUGGCAGGAAAAUCAGUCUGAUUCUAAGCUAAGUGUUCUUUCAGUGCUGUCAUCUGAGCUCAGAACCAUGUAAACUGCUGGGACUGCCCUGGGAUUUCUCUCCUGGCCAAGAUCAGAAGGGUUGGUUGCCCCAUGUCUUGUGUCAGUUGCUUGUUUCUUCCUAUCGCAAUGUCUUCCUAGCACACGCUUUUGCAAAUGGGUAAGGUCAUAGUUUGCACGUGGGAGGUGCUCGGUGGCCGCUUAUUCCUUGUUCCCUUUGGUGGGCUCCCUUGUCCUGUGGGACAUGCCAGCAAGGCCCCAUGGCUGCUGUCAGGCCAUGGGGUGGUCAGGGGUGCAGGGACCUGACUUCAUGAAGCAGCAAGCAGCUUGUGGAACCCUGCCCAUCCCACGCGCCAGCUGGGUUUGUGCUCUUGUCCCUGUCCAGCACAGCUCAAGGGAAGCACUUGAAAACCGAGUGGGAUGGUGGUAACAGGGCAAAUGUUUGGGCUUUUUCUUUUGUGAUGUGUUUUAUUUUUCAUGUGUUUUGGUUUUUUAUGUAUGUGUGGUGUUGGUUUGGGGUUUUUUUUAAGCAUUUCUCUUACUUGGUAAUCGCUCACUUUAAUCCCUAUGCUAGAAGGAAAUUGUGUAACAAAACAGCACUGGGUAUCCAUCAGAUAAAGGAAGACUGUGGAGAUCUUAGCCUUAGGUAGCACUGCUGUAUGUUUUGUGCUCCACUUAUUUGAUAAGUUAUGUAUUAUGUUCCAAUUAUCCUUAAAAUUGUUUAGUGGGUUUUACAUAUGAAUUUUUAAAAAUAAAAUCAGCUUAGUAGCUUUAUAGGCUUAAAAAAAGCUGUCAGUCUUGAACAAAUAUACAAAAUAUUUAUAUAGAGGAUAUUAAUAUAAGCCCUAAAAAUUUUGAAUUAUGAAUACACACAUCGAUUGGCUAUUGGUUUUAAGCUAAUCACAACACGCCACAAACACAUACUUCCAGCACUCUGCUUUUUUCUUUUGCAUAGGAGAUACUGAAUCUUUAGUAAUUCUGCAUUUUUUUCCUGAGUGUGCACAGCCUGUUUAGAUGGAAUGUUUAUGCAAUGACUGCUCUGUUUUUCUCUUUCAUCUUUAUGUUUAAUCGAAAGAUUAUACUUGGCUUUGAUUCUAAUGCAA